AUGUGCGACUUCAGCGAAUACGGCGGCCCCUCGGCAGAAUGGCUCGAGGUUGAGAAGACUCUCCCAGUUCCUUUCUUCGACUUUGGUCAAGAUCCCAAAGUAGCCCAAGCCACAGUCAACAACGGGCGUGAAGAUGCAUCCCGCAAAGUGAUGCAGCAACUCGGACCACAUGUACGCAUGGCGGAUCACUCCAUUCCGACUCGUGACGGAUCAACCAUCGAGGCCCGGACUUACCGAGCCGCAUCAAAAUCUGACGACGAAAUACUGCCGGCGUAUCUAUACUUUCAUGGCGGCGGCUUCAUCUUCGGCACGUUGGACAGCGAGGAUGCGGCGUGCGCCGGCACCGCGAUCAACACUGGAGCUGUGGUUAUCAAUGUCAACUACCGGCACACACCUGAAUACACUUUCCCUACGGCGUGGAACGAUUCCCAGGACGCUUUUAUUUGGCUGCACAAGAACACGGACAAGCUAAAGAUCGAUUCGUCAAAAGUUGUGGUGGGCGGCAUCAGUGCAGGUGGACAGCUCACUGCUGCGUUGGUAUUGGAGAAACAUCUCGGCAAGAAUGACGCUUUGAAUGGACUUCCCGAUAUUGCUGCGCAAGUCCUCAUCAUCCCAGCCCUAGCCCAUUGCGAGACUUACGCAGAAGGAGCACUGAAGUUGAUGAAAAGCCAGGAGAUAUCAUCGAUCGUAGAAAACGAGAAUGCUCCAAUACUGCCGAUGUCUGCUGUCCGAACCUUCACGCAGCUUCUCAAGAUACCGAACACCGACUUGAAGGACGUACGGAUCAACACUCUCACCGCAGCAUCGGCAGAAGAUGUUAAGGGGCUACCACCCACGAUGUUUGGGAUUGCCGGGCUGGAUCCGCUACGAGACGAGGCACUUCUGUACGGGAAGUUGUUGUCGGAAGCUGGGGUUCCUACCGAGGUCAGGCUAUUCAAGGGUGUCCCGCACGGAUAUCGGAGAUUCGGACCUGCGUUGAAAGAGGCUUCUGCUCAAUGGGACAAGGCUGUUGAAGAUGGCAUUGCGUGGGCAAACAAAACACCAGCGGCAACCGGCAAAUUCGUUAUCAAGGUAGUGUAA